AUGCCGACCAUAUCAGGGGAGACUGAGCUGUCAAGUUGGGGAAGCAUUCAAGGGACCCAGAGAGGACAGGAAGAUGCCAGUGAACCACCAACAACUCAAAACGUUGAGGAUGAAAGAUCAGCCCCGUCGCUCAUAGGAAUGAAUACGACGUUCGGUGUCUUCCAAGAGUUUUAUUCCUCAUCGCAAACGAACAUCCCUGAUGCCAAGGGACAAGACGCGCUAGUCUCCCUUGUAGGCACGAUUGGAGGCGGACUGACUUGGAGUGGGAGUAUUUUUGUUAAUCCGCUGAUGGCGAGAGUCGAGAAUGUGAAGCUCGUAGUGUUGUGCGGAGCAUUUACGAUGAGUCUUGGGCUAGCGCUAGAAAGCUUUUCGACCCGGCUCUGGCAUCUCUUCCUCACUCAAGGUCUUCUCUACGGUCUCGGAUCAUCAAUGUUCUACUUCCCGAUCAUCGCAAUCGCACCGACGUACUUUGACCGCCACCGCGGUUUCGCUAUGGGAUUAAUCCUUGCUGGUAGCGGGAUUGGUGGACUUGUGCUGGCACCCGUGCAACAAUAUUUAAUGGAUCGAUAUGACGUGCAAUGGACGCUGAGAAUUCUGGGAUUGUGGAAUUUCGCCAUUGGGAUACCAGUGUCGAUGGUAGUUCAACAUAGGCAAGGCUUUGGAUUUGAACGUGGAGCUCCAAGGACGAGAACGAGGUUGGCAGGGACGACGGCGAGAAGGGGUACAUUUUGGUAUCAGGCGAUUGGUGCUUUUCUCCAAGCUGGAGGGAACAUCGUGCCGUUGUACUACAUGACAUCCUACUCCGUGUCCGUUCUUUCACUGUCAAGGUCAACGGGGAGUCUGUAUCUAAGUAUCAACAGCGGCGUGAACAGCAUUUCACGAAUUGCGAUGGGUGUUCUUGCAGACUAUAUUGGUCGGCAAAACACACUGAUUGGUGGUGUCGUUCUGUCUGCCCUCUCCGUCUUCGCGUUGUGGUAUGACGCUGCAAAAAACCGCUUCAUAUGUUUUGUAAUCCUCUAUGGGGUCUAUGCAGGCGGGUACAACGCUCUCCUUCCUACUACAAUCACGGAGAUUUACGGUGUCGAGAACUACGCGAGUGUAAACGGUGCAUUACUAUUCAUACGAGGGCUCGGAUCGAUAUUCGGUGCACCUCUCGCUGGUCUCAUUCUGGGUAGUCAUACCAGAACUGGUUUCGAGAAUCCAAUGGCUCUAGGGAAUGCGAAGGUGUUGCAGAAGAAGUAUAAUCAAGUUGUUGUGUAUGAUGGUGUGCUUUUGAUAGCUUCUGCUUUAUGCGUCGUAUACGUACGGUGGCUCGACGCUAGAGACAAGGGCAGGUGGAAGUGGAAAGCUUAA